AUCUCCCCCGCCUAAGUUAGUUCUACUUAGGUUUGGCCCAGCGCCCAUCUCAGGGAUUCCUCCCACCCUCUUUCGCCUGUGACAGCCUAUCCUGCAACCUGACCGGCUCGCCACGGCCGCAGCCCAAGCACGACAAGCACACACGCUCCACCUCCCAGUUGUUUGUCACAUCGCCAAUCAGUCCUCAUCAACGGCCAUUUCCUCUUCAUCAUCGUCAUCUUCAGCUCAUCACUCUUUCACCAUCCUGUCCACUCUUCCUUCGCCGUACACCUGACCUGACCACCACCACCACCGACCACCGACCACCUUUGUACCUCGCACCUUUUCUUUCCGCCCCUCGCAGUCCCUCAUCCUUCCUCCUCACCUCACGCCUUGACCCGCCAUCCUCGCUCUCGCCCUCCGCCUGCGCUUCCUGGCCAACACCUCCUCUCUCACCACCCUACCCAACCCUACCCUCUCACGCCUCUCCAUUAGCAUCUGACAUCCUCAUCCGUCGCUCUACCGCCGCCUGUGGUCCGUUGCCGCAAGUAAUAUACCUGCCUUUUCUCUCAUCCACUACCACACCCUUGCAGGAAUAUUGUCCUCUGCUUUCUUCUCACUGCGCGUCUCUGCUCUGCACCGCGCCUUCCAUAUCCCUCGACCUCGAGCUGGUCCUGAGGUCCGACGCUUUGGAUUCAUUCGACUUUCUUUACUAGGCUCUGGAAGCAAGUCUUUUUCCACCGGUAUCGACUACUUGGGUUUUUCUUCGUGACAUUGACUUGUUCGGCUCCUGUGGCAUAUCGUCUCAAUCAAUUCUCCUUUGCCGCAAACUUGUCCUUCUGAAACAAUGGCGCAGAUGGCAGACCCUAGGGAACCCGCACGGCAACAAUAUCCUCCUCCUCCGGAGGACCCUAACCACGGUGGUUACUAUUCGCAGCAAUCACCUCGUGGCCCUCCACCCCGAGAUGAGAGGAAUUCCUAUCCUCCUCCCGACCCAGCACGACAGGGUCAGUAUUCGGAUCCAAGAACUCACCAGUACCCCCCACCGCAAUCGUGGCCUGGCCAACACAGUGCAUAUCCCCCUCCUCCGCCACCACCUCACCAUUACCCGGAUCCUCAACAUCCAGGAUAUUCGUACCCACCACCACCCCGGUCGGAUCUAGGCCAACCACCUCAGCAAAUGCCGCCAGAUCCGUAUCGUCUACCCCCUCCCCAUGGUGGAUAUCCAUAUUAUGCGCCUCCGCCGCAGCACUAUCAACCCCAGCCUGCUGCUGCCCCCAGGCAGAGGACAGCCAUUGCCUGCAAGUAUUGCCGGAAGAGAAAGAUCCGAUGCUCUGGUUACGAUAAUUCCCCGGACGGACGGUGUCAAAACUGCGUUCGCUUCAACCAGCAAUGCUUGUUCCAUCCAGUGUCGUCCCAGGCUGCCUUCGUACCAGCAUCUGCUGUCUAUGGCCCUGGUGCUAGGGCCCCUGUUGCUGGUCAGUCUGAUAACCGUCCCGGUCAAAAUGGACAACAGCCUUACUCUCGUGAAGGAGACCAGCCCAUGCUCUAUGGUGCCCAUGGCCAACCUCUGGGUCCUGCCGGUCCACAUGGUCAACCUCAGUAUAGUUAUCCACCCGCACCCGCAGGCCACUAUCCUCCACCCCCCCAAGGAUAUCCAUACCAGGCGUCUCCCUACCCUCCUCCACCGGCCACCGCGUCACCGUACGAAGGACAGGGCCAGGCACCGCCGGCCCAACAUGAUGAACGUGUCAGUCUCAAACGUCCCCCUCCUGAUGAAGAUCCCCACAACGAGAAAUCUCAUACCUCCCAGUCUCCUCACCCAAACUCGCGCCCACGUCAUACCGCGUAUGAUUCUCGAGCCAAUAGUAGUGGGAGCUAUGAGUACACCGACCCUAAUAGUGGAGCGCCGACCUCACCGGCCACUUCCACCAUGAGUUAUCAAGCUUAUCCACCUCAGUCUCGCUAUCCCAAUGGUACACAGCCUGCUAAGGGCAAUGCCUCACCUCCCCCGGGACUGACACCACAAUCGGCUCAAAGUUUCAACUCUCCCCAUCAAGGGUCGGCGCAUGACGACGGGAGAACGCCACCACCAGCUCAUGUCAAUUCAGCAACCUCGUCAGCCAAUGGCCGAAGUGGCAUGAAGGUGCACGAAAUGCUAGGUGGACCAACCGGUGGAGGUGCGGGAGAACGCGGCAGAAGCGACAACGAGAUGCUCAGCAAACUGGACGGCAAGAAAUAGCCGGUUUGACUUGCUCACGAACGACGAGAGCAUUCAAGCCCAUUCCUCGAGUGGUCUGUUUCCUAAUCCGCCCCAAUCUUGGUGGCUCGCACAGACUCAUCUUGGCACAUAGACCUAUUGGACACGGACUUGGAAGGUACAUCCUUUUCCAAAACAUACACAACCGGGGCAACCCAACAUUUCUUUUUUCUAUGACGAUGUCUAUCGUUACCAAAACUUGGGCGAGCUAAUACAAGGGUGGCUCUGUUUAUAUCGAUGAUUCCCAUGGGGUGGCUAUUUGAUCAAACCUGUUUUGACUGUUGGCAUACAACCUGGGCGAGGCUAUCAGAGCCCUCCCUUGCAGGGCUUUUUGCGCUUGGCCGCAGCACGAAGUGUACAACUGGGUGGUCAGCUCUGCUUUGUUUGAUUGUAUGCGAUUUUUGACCUGUAAUUUGGGAGGCCGCACUGCUGUUUAUCACCUGCACAACUAUACUAGUGGGUAGUACUGACGAUCAUCUUGGUUGGUCUUCACGGCCAUGAGAAAAUGAUUCGUGGGCUUUUUGACCAAUGAUGAUUUAUCCUUUUGCUGGACAUUAUUUUUUGAGGGGUAGAGAUAUGUAGGAAGUGCUAAGGGGACGGUGCGAACUCGGCAGACGUGAACCCUCCGCCCCAGUUUGGAAGAGCAAUCUACCAGAUCGAAGGGGUAGCUGGGAUUUCCCCCCGUUUGUACCGAAGCGCAGGAUGCUUGUUUGCGAGGCCAC